AGUGCGUUGUAAAUUCUCGCGUUGCUGCCGAGUUCCUCCUCUUUUACUCACUGCAUCCAACAUGGCAGUCGGCAAGAAUAAGAGGUUGACUAAAGGAGGCAAAAAGGGGGCCAAAAAGAAAGUAGUCGACCCCUUUUCCAAGAAAGACUGGUAUGAUGUUAAGGCACCAGCCAUGUUCAACAUUAGAAACAUCGGAAAGACCUUGGUUACCAGGACUCAGGGAACCAAAAUCGCCUCAGAUGGUCUGAAAGGCCGUGUGUUUGAGGUCAGUCUUGCCGACCUGCAGAAUGAUGAGGUUGCCUUCCGCAAGUUCAAGCUGAUUACCGAAGACGUUCAAGGGAAAAACUGUUUGACCAACUUCCAUGGAAUGGACCUCACAAGGGACAAAAUGUGCUCCAUGGUGAAGAAAUGGCAGACCAUGAUUGAGGCACAUGUUGAUGUUAAAACCACAGAUGGAUAUCUUCUUCGCCUUUUCUGUGUUGGGUUCACCAAAAAACGUGCCAACCAAAUCCGCAAAACCUCUUAUGCUCAGCAUCAACAAGUCCGUCAGAUCCGCAAGAAAAUGAUGGAAAUCAUGACACGAGAAGUACAGACCAAUGAUCUGAAAGAAGUUGUUAACAAGUUGAUCCCAGACAGUGUUGGUAAAGACAUAGAGAAGGCCUGCCAGUCUAUCUACCCGCUACACGAUGUGUAUGUCAGAAAAGUCAAGAUGCUGAAGAAACCCAAAUUUGAAUUGGGCAAGCUGAUGGAGCUGCAUGGUGAAGGUGGCAGCACUACCACAACCAAACCUUCAGGAGAUGAGACCGGAGCAAAGGUGGAAAGGGCUGAUGGAUAUGAGCCCCCAGUCCAGGAGUCUGUGUAAAAAUGCACAAAUCACAAUUGAUUAAUAAAAUAUAAAAACUUGGA